UGCAUGCUCUCUCAGACCAAAUUAAUCCAAGACGUGCGUGACAAGAUCUUUUAACUCACUGAACGCAGGUAAAGUCCUAUGCGGUCGCACAAACACUUUCACCUGACGAGACCGCGACUAGAACGUGCCUUGGUGUAACGGGAUCGCGAACGUCCAUUAUCUCCGAGCAGCACUCUCGAAGCGAGCGAGAGCCGUCGCGAGCGAGUGACAUUCGCGACAUUCUCGCCCAAGUGGCCCAAAAUAACCGACGCUCCCUCCGAUUCACGAUCAGUUUCUUGGACUGGUACAAUGACUCAUCUCGACUGAGUGCGAGAUGUUUGGAGCGCUUCAAAACGUGAUCGUACGCAGAAUGAGCAGCGACCGGGUGGCGAUCGAAAAGCUGAGAGAUCUGUUUGCCUGUGGCGUCGAGUCAGUGAAACCUAAAUCCCUCUUUCAACACUGUGCCGCACGCGAAGACAUCCACCGUAGCCUCACUCACGAUGACAAACGGUACCAUGUGGUCGGUUUCGGGAAAGCCGUCCUCAGUAUGGCGGUACAGAUCGAGAAGCUGCUCGGACCACGACUCGUCAGUGGCUGCAUAAGCAUACCGAUCGGCACCAGUGAACGUUUCGGCGCCGGUGAUCCAGAUUUCCAUCUCUCCCCGAACAGUGUGCUUGAGGUAAUCGAAUGUGCCCGGAACAAUCUACCGGACGAGGGGGCUGUGUUGGCCGCGACAAAGAUACGAUCCAUCGCUCAAGCUAUGACCGAGAACGAUGUGCUGUGCGUGCUGAUAUCUGGCGGUGGUUCGGCUCUCCUGUGUCUUCCCAGGCCACCGAUAACGUUGGCGGAGAAGCUGCACAUUAUCAGGACGCUGGCAAGUGAGGGCGCAACAAUCACCAAGCUGAAUUGCGUAAGAAUCAUCCUCUCCGAUGUGAAAGGUGGUCAACUGGCGCGAGCGGCGAGCGGUGCAUUCCGGCUCUACUCGUACAUCAUAUCGGACAUUGUUGGUGACCCCAUUGCGCUGAUAGCCAGCGGACCGACCAUCACCACCAGUGGCGAGUGCGAGAGCAAUCCACGGUGGAAUGCGCGCGAAGUGCUAAUGAAAUACAACUUAUGGAACCGUUUGCCAGCAUCCGUGGUUGGAGUUUUCAACGAACCAGGCGUCACUGAUCGCGGUACCGCGCGUCCCGGUCCCGAUGGCCACCCUUUUCUGCUCGGCAGCAACACCGUGGCGAUAGAUUGCAUUGAAAAACGAGCCACGGCGCAAGGUCUCCGGUGUGUGGUUUUAUCGAAAAUGAUCGAAGGUAAUGUAGAGCUGGUUAGCGGCAUGUAUGUUGCGCUGACAGAACAUAUUUCCCACCUCAAAACCGCUCUCAUAAGCGAACAGGAGUUCAAAGGCCGGGUGUACGCCUUGCUUCAAGGACUCGCGUAUCCAGAUCUGCAACCGGAAGAGUUUGUGGCAGCGGUCAUUCGGAGUAAACGCGAACCGCUGUUGAUUGUCGGAGCUGGAGAGCCCACGGUGCAGGUCAAGGGGAGUGGGAAGGGUGGUAGAAAUCAGGAACUUGCUCUGCGGUUCUCGUACGGCGUACGGGCGCUGUCGAGCGGUGUCCCGGAGCGUGUUUACUUCCUGUCCGCCGGUACGGACGGUAUCGAUGGCCCAACUGAUGCCGCCGGGGCAAUCGGUGGUGCUUGUGUCGUUCGAGAACGUGAACUGUUGCAGCAGAAGGGAGUGAUCGAUGGUAUGCAAUACGUCGAGCGGAAUGAUUCUUACCGUUUUUAUGAAUCGUUGGCCGAUGGCAAGUACUUUGUGAAAACGGGACAUACUGGCACGAACGUGAUGGAUGUUCAUUUGCUGCUUUUUGAGUCAAAUCAUACAAAGUAGUGGUUGGUAUUCGAGUGGGAAAGGCACACAUCUUGCGGACGCAAUCAGAGGUUUAAAAUGCUUCUUAACAGAAUUAAAAUUAAGUACCUUAUUUGGGUCCUUAUAUGGGUAAACAGAAACAUAAUAAAUAUUGUUAAAGGAUGAUAUGGAAAUUUUAUCAUUGCCAUUAA